GUGUAGAGAUGGCCGAGGAUGAGUUUCAGGAUGCUUCAGUUGCUUUCAACGACAAGAGACCAGCAAGAGGACUUUUGUCAGAUGAAGAGAAAAGAAGGUUUUGCUGGUUUAAGCAGUUGGCUUGUUGCUUUGGGACUCUGUGUGUGAUUUUGGUCUUGGCCAGGUUUGGAGUCUCUGUAUUUCUUCACAAGAGCAAAUUGAACCAGCUGGAAAAGACAAACCAGGAGCUCAACGACAAAAACCAGAACCUGAUAAACCAAACCCAGAAUCUGGAGGGAGAAACGAGAAUCCUGAAGGAACAACUAGACAACAUGAUGAAAACUCAGAUUGAGCUCAAUGUCAGUCAAGCUCAGUGGAGCAUUGAUCAAUACUGCCGUAAAGAAAAGGGGAGGAAGUGUGAACCUUGUCAAAAAGGCUGGGAUCCCUUCAGCUCCAGUUGCUAUGCAUAUAAUGAUGAACCAAGAGCUACUCAGAGAACCUGGGAAGAAGCACAGCAAGACUGUAAAGGAAAAGUUUCCCAUCUUGUUGUUGUCCAUAGUCAAGAGGAAAAGAAUUAUGUCAAAACAAUCAGUCCUGCUGGAAAAGAAAUUAAAGGAUACUGGAUUGGCCUGAAAGCUGAAGGAACCAAAUGGAAAUGGACCGAUGGAACUGAACUAGCUGACCAAUCCUGGGUAAAACAACCUGCAGUCGACGGUCAGUGUGUAACUUGCCUCCAAGACAAAGAAUGGCAGUCAGUGAAUUGUGAGGACAAGAAUGCCUGGAUCUGUGAAAAGAAGGCUUUAUCUGUUUAAUAGGUCACAUUAAAUAGAUAAUAUUUAAAUCUCCAAAGGACAUCAGGGAAUAUUUUAAUAGUGUAAGGAAGGUCGCAUCGCGAGAUUUGUUGUUUUAAGUCUGUUUAUUCUGUUCUUGACAGCUGGGGUUGCCUUAGCAACCAGUUCUAACAGCUGAUCCGUUAUGUUUUGACUGUUGUUGGAUAUGGCGCUCACCGCUCGCUGCCCGGACAUCGCUGAGCGCUGUCCGUGCCAGAGCUAGAGGCCAGAAGCCGCACAGUUCAUUGUGGCAACAGCUCAGUUUUUGUUGUAAUUCCUCCGUGUGCUGGAAGGAGUAAAGUUUCUGCAAGAGACCCUUCGUUUUUUGUCGUGUAUCUUCAAGUACCGACACGCCUCCUUAACAACGGAAAUCAAAAAGCACGACAAUAUAAAUACAGGAAACUGAUUAGGACUAGACUUUUAUUUUGCUGUUUUCAUCUGUCAUAGCCAGUAAAAGUUUGUGUUUGUUCACAUCGGUUUACCCACAUAACCAGUUUUUUGUAAUCUUUUUUAACAUGUACAUUUUUAUAAGAUUUAUAAGUCUCUUGUUCAGGAUGUUGGUACAUAUUUUAUGUGCCUAUUUUUUUUUUUUGUUAAUUGAAUUAUCUAGAAAUUUUACAAGAAAAGUCAUGGUUUUAACCUCUGUGUCUGUUAAACUAUAUAAAAUAAUGCUGAAAGUAAAACCCACUGAAAGAAAAACAGAACUCAGUCAAACUCAGUUAUCAGAUGUUCUAAAACUUGGACUCUUUGUUUUACUUCCUCUGUUUAUUCAGUUAUUCUGUUUUUAAACCUGACGUCUGUAUUCAUAGUUUUUCUCCUAUACAAACUGUAUUUGCUGAAAUGAGCUUCAAAACAACCAGGAGCAGUGAAUGAGCUAAAUGUGAAAUUUAUACAGCAAAAAAUAUUUCUUAUUUAGAAAAACAUCACAUGUUGUGUGAAAGAGUUGAUCUAAAGUCUCACAUGUAAAUAAACUGCCACUGUAAAUUAAGGCUCCUUUCAUUGUUUUGUUAUU